AUGUGGCUAACGAAUCACACAUUUAGACCGUUCUUGUGGGCACAGGCUCUAUAUAUUAUUUGUUGUUUGCUCUAUGAAGGUUUCCUGACACCCGCUGAAUUGGACCCAUUGAGCAGACGGCUAGCUGCAUAUGAAAGACGUCCUCCUUGCGAAGUCCAGGUAGCAGUUCUUGCCGAAACGUACGAAGUUCAGCAGGAAUUGUUGUCACAUGGUAUCGAUGUGCAGAAUAUCGGUGAAAUUGAUGAGGUAUUUAGCAUCCAUCCAGCUUCUACUUUCGCUAAAAUCUUGUCAAGAUUGGGCGAAUCUGAAAAAUUAAGGCUUACAGGCCGUCCGUUGGAUAGAGAUGUUGGAGUACUUAGUACCAGUAAACUUUACCAGCUUGGCCAGAAGUUCGUGAUUUUUACGCCGCAGUUCAUGGACCGAAGACGGUCUUAUUUGAUGUAUGAUAUUCGGAUACUGAUGAAUGAAUGGAGUUCAGUGCUUCAAUACAUAUACAGCAGUUGGAGCAAUACGUGUGUCUCGGGUCGACCACUGAUUGUACUAAUCGUUGCCAAAAAUAUGCUUGAAGCAGAUAUAUCACUAAGCAAAAGUGCCUUCACCACUCUGCACAUGAAAGCAUCGGUUGUUGGAACAAUCAAGAAAAUCGCGACAGGCUAUAUCGGUGGCGCACGCGUGGUAAUGAAAAAUAUAUCCGAUUUUUUCCGAACAACAGCUGUUAGCAAGUUGGAAUUCCACGGACAAGAUGCUGAGGAUUUAAUGAUAUCGGAAGUAGAAGAAGAAGGGUUACAUCGAAUUGUUCCGACGUCACGUAGCUAUCAGCAGUCAGCGAUGAAAAAUCGUACUGAGCAGUUUAGCAUUGUACAUAAAGCAUCAAUGCGACAUCGUAGCAUCAUGAUCGACAGUAAUGACCAAGAUCUUGUCCAGUUACGACUUGACGUGGCGCAGAUGGACGAAAUGUCAACACCGGACCUGAUAGACAUGUUGACUGAGACAAGCGUUCUUGAUGAGCAGGCUUCUAUUGUUCAUUAUUUAUGGAUGAAAAUGGGACCAGAUUUCGACACAAAGCUGAAUGAUAUUGAAGGAUCGACGGUUAGGGCGCUCACUGAAGAAAUUAAUGCAAAGGCUUGCGAAACUCGCGACUGGGCACUGAUUCGCCUUACAUCGGGACUAUUAAAACGGCAGCUUGAUGAGCUAUCCAAAUUUGUCACCCAUUUGCUUGUGCGCCAGAAGCAGAUCACUCUCGGUAUGCCUUCAAAGAAUGAAGAAGCAAUUACUUCUCCGAAAACCAAGGAGGAGUUAAAUGAAAUUUUGAAACGCGCCUACAAUGACGAUGCCAACAGCUACACUUUGUCACAGGAAAUCAUAGUUUGUCUUGGUUCGCUAGUGUUAACGGAGCCACGCUUAUUUGUUGAAAUGUUUAGGCUGCGUAUCGGGUUGAUCAUUCAGGUGUUGGCUAGCGAGUUGGCGCGGCUGAGUAAUAUCGGUGGUGCAGACGCAACUCAAAAAUUGUUGCAUGUUUCGCCGUUCGAAAUAAAGUCGAUGCUUUUUUCAUUGUUGAGCGGACGUUUGCUGGAAGAUUUUAGCUCAGAUUCUGAAUCCGGUGCUCGGGAACAACGCACGGGCUUGGGCUCUAUAAGAAAACAAAUUGAGGAACGAAAGGUAACACCUUAA